AUGCGAGCUCUCCUGCCUGUACUACUUCUGCUGGGGCCCUGCAGAAGUCAACUUUCCCAUGAGUUGACUAAACUCCAGAGACAGGGCGUUCAGACGCCACACAUCCUCUUCAUGGUUCCUGAAGCACCCCAUCCGGCUGAAGGAGGUCCCGAAGGUUCAGAAGAAGUCGCCUCGUCGGAGGAGAGACGGCCGGAGCAAGAUGCGGUCUUCGUUCCCUUCGUCGAGGGUAGCCCUGGCCUGGUGAGGUUCGAGCAGCGGCCCAAUCACGAGGAAGCUCAUCCUCUGCCAGAACAUGGGCCUCCUUUCGUUCAGGAAGCCCCGAACGUCCACGGUCCGGUUAUCCACCGGAAUCAGUAUGCGAGACCCCCGCACAGGGGUAUCCAUUCUCAUCCGGGAGUCCUCGGACAAGCGGUACCGCAUCAUCCUCACAUUGUGCCGCAGCCAGAGCAGCCUCUCGAGCGGCAUCCCGGAGCCCAUCCGACCGUUUACCAGAUACCACCGCAGCACGACGAAGGUGGAUCCGGCGGGAGCCCCCACGUUAUAUUCCAGAGCCCACGGCCCGGCGGACAAAAUGGAGUACAUCCCCAUAUAAUUCAACAAGGUGUUCAGCCGGUUUUCAUACCGGCUGGACCUCCUCAAGAUCCUAAAGUGCAACAGCCGCCCCAGGAUUUCGUGAUCCUCCGAAUUUUCAAUGAUUCUAGUCAACCAGAGCUAAUCAACGGAGGUCCAUACAGCGUGUCCGAAACUUCCGAGCCCCGCGUCGAAAAGCCUGAGGGAGCUUCGAAGGGGCCCGUGACGAGCGGACGACCAGCUGCACCGGAUCGACCUCGCCUAGUCUUACCCAUAGCUGAGAUUGCCGAGUCCGCUGACAUUGUGGGCGGUCUGUCUGAGGACGGGGAGAAAAGCCAGAGCUCAACAGGCGAUGGACAAUUCUCCAUCCCGUCCUCAUCUUCGGAGUCGGGCGAGACAUUCAGGGCAGGAGGAUCUACAAAAGUGAGAACGAAAGAGAACGAAGGAUCCACGAAAGAAGUGGACUCUUCGUCUUCCGGAGAGCGACCUUCGACCGGUCUAGAGAAGAAGCCAACAGCCACCACUGAAGCUCCAGCUGUGAGCCCUCCCGCGACGACUGCAGCCCUCCCUGUCAGCACGGGAGAAGAGAAGAGAGAGCCCGUUAUAGUGUUCAUGUCGAAUGGGCCUCUGACCCUGCCGACGAGAGCUCCUGAAGAGAUGAGUGGACCUGUCACGCAAUCCUCCCCGACGACGCCCCCUCCGACCGUCCCUUCCACGACUUCGGAAAGCUCCGUCUCUCUUUCGACCUCGGAAAGCUCUGUCUCUCCCUCGACCUCGGAGAAAUCCGUCUCUCCCACGACCUCAGAGAGCCCCGUCCCUCCCACGACCUCGGACAGCCCCGUCCCUCCCACGACCUCGGAGAGCCCCGUCCCUCCUACGACCUCGGAGAGCCCCGUCCCUCCUACGACUUCAGGGAGCUCCGUCUCUCCAGCGAAUCACACGGAAAGUUCGCCAGAGACGACAACAUCCACGGCGCCCCCAGCUUCUAACCCUGAAUCCGGAAGUCCCUCCGAGCUCGAACCGGUCAUCAUAGUUUGGUCGGAGCCCUCAACAGAUCUGAGCUCGACGACGACGACCACAACAACAACUGAUUCUGUUACCCUCCCCUCCAUCAAGGAAAAAACGGAAACCACUCCGAGUGUAUCGGUAGCCCCGAAAAGAAACAGCGAGGUGACUUCGACUGAACAAGAAACCUUGCAUCGAACUCCCUCGACCACUGAAGCGUCUUACCCGACAACCUCGACAACGGCUAAACCCGACGUAUCAACGACGACAGCCACGAGCCCAGAAGCGUCAUCGCCGUCUACUUCGACGACUCAGGAGGCUCACUCGCGGGCUACUCCAGGUCUGUCGACGCGAUCGUCUUCGACCACGACGACUCCGGCGUCGCUGGGAAAGACGCACGACCCGUCAGGACGCAGUACUAUCACCGCAUCGUCGACGUCCCAGAGCUCUUCGUCGACCGAAGCGACAUCUUCGGCUAGCAGUACUCUGAGCGUCGCGAGUACGACGACAACGACUGCCACACAAUUGUACGUCAAAGCUUCUACUCCGACGACAGCUGCUCCGAUCACCGCGGUACACACAGAGACGGAAUCACCUGCUGUGUCUAACACCAGCACGUCAAGUGCAGUAGCGACGAGCUCAACCACGGAAAAAACAAGUCCGUCUCCGUCGACCACGACAACGAGUACAACGACGACCAGCACCACCACCACAGCCGCUCCCACGACAACAUCGACGACAUCGACGACAACGACGACGACGAUUCGAACGAUAACGCAGGCUGAGCUCGACAAAAUGUCGUCCGAGCCUUUCGACUUCGUCACAGAGCGCGAGCAAGUUCGGAUCGAGAGCUUCUCAACAAGUUCAGUGUCUCCGUCACCCGCCUACGUCCCCACGGAGUCCACAGUCGCGGAGACAAACGUCUCCGAGGUGACGGCGAACGAAAUCAGCAACGAAUCGGCCGAUCACCCCGAGACAACGAUUCUCACCACGAAAGAAGACGUUCUCCGAACGGACACACCCGCUCUUCCGGGAGUCACUCGCAGGCCGUCCACGCGAACGACUCCAUCGCCUUCCCCAUCUUCGUUGCCGCCUCCCUCGUCCACCCAGCCACCACGACGGUCUCCAUCUCCUCCCUCCACGAUCGCUCCGCCGAAAUACUACGACCUCCCAUCAGAAAAGGAGAAACCCUCGGUUUUCCCGACUCACACGAUUCGGACCCGGAACGGUCAAAUGAGAGGAAACGUUAUAAAAACGUCGGCCGGUGUUCGAGUGAAUUCGUUCCUCGGGAUCCCUUACGCUCAACCACCUGUCGGCGGGAUGCGAUUCGAAAGACCUAUGGAGUUCCCGCCAUGGACCGGGGUGUUCGAGGCGAAAAAACUUCCGAAAUCGUGCCCACAACCAACAAUGCAAUUGAAUGGAUUCGUUGGGGUGAACGUUUCCGAUACGAGUGAGGACUGCCUGUAUCUCAAUAUUUGGAGUCCGUUCUGCGACGGCUCGAAGAAAUGUCGCUCGAGACCUGUGAUCGUCUAUAUCCACGGCGGGGGCUUCAUCCACGGAGGUACGAACUGGCCCAUUUUCGACGGAGCCGAAUUGGCAGCUAAAGCCGAAACGGUCGUUGUAUCCUUGAAUUAUCGUCUCGGAGCCCUGGGUUUCCUGUACGUCCCAUCGAAUGGGGGAAGACCCGAACGAGCCAACAUGGGUCUCUACGACCAACACCUUGCUCUGCGAUGGGUCAAGUCCAACAUCAAAGCUUUCGGUGGCGACCACAACAAGAUCACGAUCAUGGGACAGGAUGCGGGAUCCGCAUCGGUCGGCUACCACAUUCUCACGCCGAGGAGCACCGGUCUUUUCAAACGAGCCGUCAUGCAAUCGGGAAGUCCCUUCAGUUUCGUGCUGCGGAAUACGAAAGACCAGGGAGAGACUCUAUUCCGUUCCUUGGCGAGCUACACGGAUUGCAUGAGCGUUCAUUUCAACUCGACGCUCCGCUAUGACGACGUCUUGCAGUGUAUGAAGAAGCAGCCUUUCGAGAACAUUAUCGCCGCCUCGGAUAAAUUCAACGGCAAGGGAGCCAAUUCCUUCUUCCCCAUCAUGGGCGAAGAGUUCAUUCCCAUGAAUCCUAAGGAUUCCCUCCUCUUGAAACGAUUCAGCAAUGUAGAUCUCCUGCUUUCCACGACCAAGUCGGAGGGUGCUUUCUUCCUACAGCACUUCUUAUCGCCCUUCACUAAUGUCAACGAUCCAGACAAGAUAAAUCCAGGCGAAAUAGUCUUCUACCUCCGGGUUUUCCUCAGCGCACUGCUUGGCGGAAAACCGACGGCUUCCCUAAACGAGCUGACCCAAAACACCGAGCCAGAAACGCGCGAAGAGAAAAUUCAGUUCUUGAAGAACAUAUCCGCUGUGAUCGGGGAUUAUCCUUACCUGUGUGCCACGACUGAAUUCGGAACGGAGUACGCGAAUCUUCGACACAACGUGUACCACAUGCAAUACGACCAUCGCCCCUGGUUCUUGCUGCACCCCACAUGGUUCCCGUCCACCCACAACGACGACAUCAUGUUCUGGUUGGGCUCAGUUUAUAAACUGAAAGAGAGAACGCGCGCAGAUGAACGCGUCGCCGAUGAGCUCAUAGCGAUAUUGACAGCUUUCGCAAGCAAAGGGACGCCUCAAACCCGAGGGAAGCUCACUUGGCCUCGGAUAAAUCAAGGCGGCUAUUACAUGAGCGUAGGCUCCGAAGUCACCGAACUGCUCCGGAAGCCCUCCGCUAACUGCCGCCUCUGGAGUCGACAUUAUCCUCAAUACUAGACACAGAGGAAACCAGGACCGGACCGAUAGAAUGAAUUUUCAUCCGGACAGCCAUGUCGUAUCCGUCGACACGAUGGAUGACCAUAGACCGCAAGGAUGAUCUAGACAGGAUUCGAGGAUGAUAGUUCAUUUAAUUUAUUCCGUCGCUCCAAAACAGUGCCAGCAAAUAGACGUUGCAAUUCUGUACAUAAGCAAUAUUUAAGCCAGUCAAAGACGAACUGUAGGCCUCAAUGAUAUGUAUUUAUCGGGUCGUACCGUACACAUAUACUGUCAAUAAAGUC